AUUUCAGAGUUUGCCUAGAGCUGCGGUCCACAUCGUGUAGUGCAACAAAUUUUGCAGUUCCUUGCCGUUCCUUCCCAGAAUACCAAUGAUGACUUGAGGGCUUGAAAGCAUUCUUAGCUGAAUUAUCAAGACCACGUCACGCAUCGAAUGACAGACCGUGCGAGCUGCAUCGUCAACUGCGAUGUCGUGCAUGCUGCGGGAGCCUGUCCCGGGCUUGCGAGUUGUGCAGAUCUUUCCGAGUUAGAAGCCGGAGUCGACACCUUAACAUGUCAGGAUGCAUCCCCUGCAGCUGACCUGGAACAGCCUCAGGCGGAGCAGGCCUCAGACCGAAUCUGGGAGCAGCUUACCCCGGACCUCGCACACCGGGUGGUUGCCUUCCUGCCGGCUUGCGAGGUCGCCACCACACUCCGCCUGGUCUGCCGGGCAGCAGCUGCCCAGUUCAAGGCCGCGCCGCUGCGGCUCUCGCAGCCCGGCGGCCUGCCGCACCAUGCCUUCGCCUGGCGUUGGGGGCCUGCAGGCGGCUCCGGUCACGGGGCCUCUGCCCGCAACCCCACGGGCCUGCUGUCCAGCGGCAUCCGUUCCCUCACUCUCUCCGCACGCCGCUGCCUGCUGGAGCUCACUGCCGCUGGCGGCGACGUCUGCAACCUCGCGCUGGCCGCGUCUGUGGCGGGCUGCGGCCUUCCGCCAGGCGCGCUCGAAGCGGCGCUAGAGGGUGGCCACCUAGCCGCAGCCACUUGGCUACUGGACAAGGGAUGCCCCAUGGAACCUGGCAACCUGGUGGGCCGCUGUGCCAAGGGUGGUAGCGUGCAGGCCCUGCGGUGGCUGCUGGCGCGGCCCGAAAUGUCGGAGCGUGCCGGCGUGUACCUGCACCUGCCUGCAGCGCUGCAGACGGCGGCGCGUGCUGGGCACGGCGAGGUGUGCACAGCCCUGAUGGACUGGGUGGCAGGCAUGGCGGCUGAGGGGAACACGCGCGCCGCAGAGCUAAUUGCGAACGGCUUGUGGCACGUUGCGCGGCGUAUGGCACCUGUGGAGGCCGCGGCCGGCGGCCAUGCGCGCCUCAUGCAAGUGCUGCUUGCGGGUGUGCCGACGGCAGAAACAGGCACAGAUUGGCAGCGCCUGCUGCUUAAGGCUGUGGCAGGUGGCUGCGACCUUGCCACGCUGCGCAAGGUACACGCGGUGGUGUGCGCGUCACUGCGCGGGCCGAGCGGAGCGCCACCGCUGCCACGGGCGCCUGCCGGGCCAGCGGCGGCAGGCGGCCGCGGACGCGGCCGCGGCGGGCGUGCACCAGGCGCAGGGCCGCAGCCUGACGUCGUGAUGGAGCGGGCGCGCCAGCGGCGCGAGCAGGAGGUGGAGGCACGGCAGGCCCACAUGGGCGCACUGGCUGCUGCGGCUCGCAGCACCACGCCGGACUGGAGGGCCAAGGUGGAGUGGCUGCUGGCGGCGAUGGGGCGUGCAGCCGACAGCAACAGCAACAACAGCAGCGAUGGAGGCAGCGGCAAUGUCUACAUUGAUGACGCCGCGGCGCUACCGGAUGCGGAGGAGCGGAUGCGCUGGCUUCGGGCUCGGGGCUUCCGCCUGGGCCGGCAGGCGCUGCCCGAGGCCGUGCGGCAGUGCGAGACGCUCAGCGUCGAGGCGCUGAGGUAUCUGUUGCAGUUAGUGGCGGGGCAGGACUGGCCGCUCCUGGGCACGCACGCACCACCACUAGCUGCGGCAGGCCGGUUAGACCUGCUGAAGGUCUUGCUGGAGGCAGCCGGCUCGCCGCCUCCGCCUCCUCCAGGCCAGCAAGUGCAGCAGCCGCAGCAGGCGGACGCCGCCAUGGCGACUGCGACUGCUCAUGGCGACGCCGCUGCUAUGGGCGCAGCAGUUGCAGCGGCGACAGCAAUGCCACCAGGAGGGGGCAAUGGGACUGUGGCUCGGGAGGCGCGAUGGCCUUCUGUCAGCCUGGGCACGGUCCGGGCGCUGCUGCUGGCUGCGGCGCCCGGGGGGCACCUGGAGGUGAUCCGUUGGCUGCUGGCCCUGGGGCAGAGCUUCUUCCCCAAGGAUGCGCAGCCGGAGGGGUUGGAAGCAGGGUCUGGUGCAAGCCGCGGAGCCCAGAGUGGCAGCGGUGGCUGCGGUGCAGCGGCCGCUGCUGGCAGCAGAAGCGGCAGCAGCAGCAGUGACGGCUACUCCCCGUCAAAACUGGCGCUGUAUGGAGUGCUGAACUCGGACCUGUUCUGUGCAGCUGUGAGGUCGGGCAGUGUGCAGCUGCUGGAGCUGCUGCGAGGCGCGGGCUGCACAUGGGACCCGCUGGCUGUGUGGGAGGCGGCGGCCGAGACGGGCUGCUGUGACGUACUGCACUGGCUUUUCAUGCAGGGCUGGCCACUUCCGGCCAAUGACGUGCCCUAUCUCCGGGCAGCACGCAACGCCGACGAGCUAACCAUCUGCACCCUGCGCAACCUGGGCUACACGUGGGCGCCCGGCGGAGAGACCCUGGCGCGCGCUGUGUACGACGCCCGCGGCAGUGUGCCUCUGGCGGGGCUGGUGGCACUGGUGGCGGCGGGCUGCCCUGCGGACUGGGCCGCACUGCUGCAUCUGGCGCAGCGCUACCGAAACUAUGGCUAUGCCCGAGGGCAGGAGUCGGAGGUGCUGGCGUGGGCCCGCGAGCACAUGAAGAAGGAGCAGCAGGCGAAAUUGGCUGAGGAGAGGCGGGCGGCGUCAAAGAAGGGAAAUGGCAGCGUGGAAAGGACUGAAGAGGCGGCGGAAGGGGUACGAGGUGGGAGCAAAGGGAAGGGGCGGAAGGGGCGCAAGGGCCGCGGACACAGGCGGGGAGCCAGUGACUCGUCAGAGGAUGAGGAGGAAGCGCCGCCGGGUGCGGCCGGCGCUCGAGCGCGUGCGGCCGCGCCGGACCAGUAGUGCUGCAUGCAGUGAUGCACAAGCAGGCUGCGGCUAGCUGUGAGCGGUGUGUUUGUUGAAUGUUAUUAAUAGAUGGGGCUACUUGGUAGGACCGCACGUGGAUGCGAUAUUUCGUAGUGACGUGGGAGGCAUGGUAAACUUGAGCGGUGCGUGGACAAGAAAAGGUGGCUCUCCCUCGCAAGGGAAAAGUGGGCUGUGCCGCCACGCCACGUCCUCCGUCUGAGGCCGAAGGUUCCGAUACUAGCCUCAUCUCCCG